UCGCCAAUGUGUUUUAGAUCAAUAAUUAACAAAUAUUUCCACAAAAAGAAAAAGUCCGCAGAUAAGGCCUUCGACAUUCCUUCAUAUGAUUCAUACAGUAGUGAAGAAAGUUCCUUGGUGGUUGCCAACAACAGUUCAAUGACAAUAUCCAUACCCGAAGAACCGAGAAUUAUUGUAAUUGGCGCUGGGGCUGCAGGUUUGGCUUGUGCCACAAAAUUGCUAGAAUUUGGCUUUCAGAAUUUGCUGAUAUUGGAAGCCGAAAAUCGCAUAGGUGGUCGUAUUUAUACUCAAAGUUUUGCCGAUAAUGUCAUCGAUUUGGGUGCCCAAUGGGUUCACGGUGAAGUCAAUAACAUUGUCUACGAAAUGGUUCAGGAUCAUGAAUGGCUAGACUCCACGGGAGAGAUCUAUAAGAGUUUUGAGUGCAUACGCUCUAAUGGUGAGGUGGUGCCUGUGAAAAUUAGAGAUCGCCUAAAAGAAAUUUUUACCAGAAUUAUUGAGAACUGCUCUAAAGAUUUGUCAACCUACAAUGGAUCCUUUGGCGAUUAUCUAAGUGAGCAGUUUCAAGAGGCUAUAAGCAAACCAGCCAUGAGUGAUAUUGAUUUGAAUGUCGCCGAAGAAUUCUUUGAAAACUUUAAGAAAAUUGAAAGUUCUGAGACUUCAUCGGGCAUGGAGCAGGUCUCAGCCAAAGAUAUUCAAGAAUAUUGGCAAUGUCCAGGAGAUUAUCUGUUAAACUGGAAAGAUAAAGGCUUUGUAACAUUUCUGCACUUGUUAAUGGGCUCCAACGAAGAAAGUAUCUUUGGAACUUUGGAGGAACGCAUACGUUUCAAUUGUCGUGUGGACCACAUACAAUGGGAUAAUUUGGAUGGCAAGGCCUUUGUGAGAUGCAAUAAAGGUGCAGACGAAUUUGUAGCCGACCAUGUGGUGGUCACAGUCUCUUUGGGCGUUCUCAAGGACCAUGCAGACUCUCUAUUCCACCCUCCAUUGCCACUGCAUAAGAAAGAAGCCAUAGUGGGCUUGGGUUAUGGCAGUGUUGCAAAAAUCUUUCUUGAGUUUGCUGCUCCUUUUUGGCCCUCGGAUUGGUAUGGAUUUACCCUGCUAUGGAGGAAGGAUGAUCUGAGGGAAUUGCAACACACUUCCUAUGCUUGGGUGGAAGAGAUUUUCGGUUUCUACUGUGUCAACUAUCAGCCCCGAGUACUUUUGGCUUGGCAAGUGGGUUCUUGUGUGUUGAAUGUAGAACAAAUGGCCUUGGAUGAGGUGAAAUCUGGUUGCAUGUAUUUGUUAAGACGAUUUCUUUGCCAGUGGCAAAUUCCCGAACCUUUGAACAUAAAAGUAAGUCAAUGGCAAAGUAAUCCCAAUUUUUUGGGAGCCUACUCAUUUCGCUCCAUGUUAAGUGAGAAGCUGCAAACAUCUGCCCUUGAAUUAUCCCAGCCAUUGUUAGUGAUGAUGCCUGAGCACAUGCGCCAAGAAUGUUCAGCAGCUACCUCGGCAAGUGCCUUGAGUCUCACAGAGCUAUCAAAUGAGCAGGAUUUCAAAAGAUGUUCGAAAAAUGUCAAACCCUUAGUACUGUUUGCUGGAGAGGCCACAAGUAAGCAUCAUUACUCCACAGUACAUGGGGCAGUGGAGUCUGGAUAUCGAGAAGCUAAUCGCUUAAAUUAUUACUACAGCAAAUAGUGAAACUGUGUGAAACUCUUAAGGAAUAUUUAAAAUAAAAA